GUUUUCUGAGGUCUCUGUCCUUUUGGGGGUAAUUACAAAAAAAGAGGAACCUUCUUAAGAAUUUACUUCAUUGACUUGUAUGGAAGGGUGGAUCUGGGGAGAAAUGUCCUGUCUUAGUUAUUGAUCAGUAAACCUCCAGUAGGGGAGGUGCUAAGGUCAUGAGGCUCAGGUAGGUGGUGCAAGCUAAUGAGGGACACCAGUGGGAGAUAGCAUUCAGGUUCUUCUAGGAUUCUCCUCAGCCACAUGCCUUGGAGCUCUGAGGAAGAGACCACAAUCCUACCAUGGAGAAGGUAAGGACAACUGACCCCAGACCAGGAAGAGCAUGUUGGUACAGCUAUCAGAGUCCCAUCUGCUGGAACUAGGAUGGACUCUGAGCCACACAUUUCUGUUCAUACAUGUGUUGAUCUGGGUAGAGGCACAUGGCUUUCUUUUCUCCUUGAGAGUGAAUUCCUUGGGGAGGGGAGGCUCUGCAGUUGUCACCAUUGGAUGUUGUGGUGCUGAUACCAUCACUGUGCAGUGUGCACACAGAGGCUUUUGGUGUGUAGUUCGAGGACAGGUAGGGAAACUUGAGGUCUGGUUUGUAGAAGUUCUAAAUGUUCUAUUCCACACUUCAGUUUCAUGGGAUACAUUUUACAAAUAGUUUGGGAACUGGUAGAAUGGAGGUGCUGAUCAUCUGUGAGCCUUACUUCAUUAGAAUGCUUUUUACUUUCUACUCCUACCAGUCCCAAUGGCAUGAUUCAGGCAAGUUCAGCUCCAUGGUACAAAGAGAGUUUCUGUGAUACAGAGGUGUUUGAUGUGUUCAUCAUGUUGAGCUGUCAAUAGGGUAGAUUCUGCAUUUUGGUUCAUAAGUCAUGUGACAGGAAGCAGACAUUAAAUUAUUCUUUACUUUGUUUUUUGUGUGGUCAUCAGAGGGUCUGGGUUUGACUGAAACCACAACAGCCUAUGAGGAGUUAUAAAGCCAUAGCCCACCUUUCUGAUCACUUCAUUUUCAGAGGGAGCUCUAGAGAAUGGGGCCUCUCUAUAUGGAAGAAAGAUCAGAAGGAGGUGGAGGGGCAGAAAUAUAACAACUUAGGGGUCAGUUUGAGCUAUUUUUCCUGUGAGUUUUGAGUUUGUUUUUUUUCUAAGCAAUUACAAUCACAGUUAAUUAACAUCGUUGAAACUCUAAUUUUUCCUGGCUGAGAUUCCUCACAGCUUUUGAUGAAGACUUGAAUAUAUUUGGGCAUUUUAUUCUUGGCUUUUUCUCUACACACAGCAGGUAAGUAUAAGGGCAGUAGAAGACUCAGCAGUAGGGAUAGCCAUGAUUAUUGGGUCUCAGAUAACAGUUACUAGAGAUGGUCCACGUGCCUCUACCCUGGCCCUAUAACUCACAUCUAAACACUGAGCUUCAGGUUCUCUGCACUAAUUUAUUCACUUCUUUAUUAAUUUAAAUUUUUGUUCUCAUUAAUCUUUGUACAUCUUUUCCUUUAUUUCAAGAAAAGACUCUGUGACCUGGUCAGGUCACUCAGGAAGCAUUUUGCUUGGGGUGACCUGAGUUCAGAUACCAACACCCAUGUUUACUAUCUGUAACUCCAGAUCCAGGGGGUCUGACACCCUCUUCUCUGGUGUGCCACUCGCACAUACAUGGAAAACAUUUUCUCUCACAUAAAAUCAUACACAUGAACAUAGGGACAGAGAUGUCUUCAAAGGUGCUAAUAUCUUAUAAUGCAAGGUAAGCAAAUCAAGCAAGUUUAUGUGUAUAAUAGAAAUCAUACAGUGUUUUUUAAUCUGGUAUUUUGUAUUUUUUUAAAAUUUCCAUUUCAUAAAUGUAGUACACACUUAAUAUCUAAUCAUCAAUCAUAGGAAAAAGCGUGGAUUCUAUGUGAUCCUAAUAGAUAUCCUUUUUUCUUACCAUAAUAAAUGAGAUGUUUCAGUAAGUAACCCUACUUCUUCCAAAUUGAAAAUAUCAGAAUGCUUAAUCUCUUCAGUUUUUCGGAUUAGUCUCCAUUCCCAAUCCAUCCCACUUUAUAGUCAAAGCAGACAAUAGGAAUGAACAGGAAGAGUGCCGGCCACUGAGUUUGUAAGAGGGGUGGUUUCUUAUCCUGAGAAUCUAAUAGUUCCUACCACAUAGGGCUGAUGAUGUCAAUCACAAACCACCGUAGGCAUGCGCAGUGAUAUUGAUGAGAUUACUUGUGUUCUCCCUAAGCAGCAGUGUUUGAUUGGAUUCUUCCUCUGUCCCAUUGUACGCUAGUUUCUGCUGACAGCGUGGAAGUCUCCCAUAUCUUUCCAUUUCCCUGUAGGUAGUAUACACGCUGCCAUUCUUUUUGUUGUUUUUCAAGACAGGGCUUCUCUGUGUAGCCCUGCUAUCCUGGAACUCACUUUGUAGACCAGGCUGGCCUCAAACUUAGAAAUCCACCUGCCUCUGCCCCCUGAGUGCUGAGAUUAAAGGUGUGUGCCACCACGCCCAGCUACAAGCUGCCAUUCUUAUGAAGCUUCCUUAGCAUAAGCCUUAGCAACUUACUACUCCAUCCCAGCUUCCUGCACCUCUUCUAGGCUAGGCUUUCAAGGUGAACGUUUUCCUGGUAUGGCUGUACUUGACAUCAGCAAUGAGUAGUGAGGUCACCAAUUUUCCAUAUUCAUAGUCUCCUUGACUGGCCAUUACUCUAGUCUGCAGACCAGACUAUUAAGAAUCUGGAUAGAAGCCUGAUGGUGGUGGCCCACACCUAUAGUCCCAGCACUCGGGAGGCAGAGGCAGUUGGAUUUCUGAGUCUGAGGACAGCCUGAUCUACAGGGUGAGUUCCAGCACAGCCAGGGCUAUACAGAGAAACCCUGUCUUGAAAAAAACAAAACAAAAGAAAACAGAAAGAAUCUGGAUAAGAACUUCCUGUCAACUGUUGUAGCCACCAAUACAAUUAUUUCAAAUGACUGUAGUUACAGGAGUUUAGUUACCUAAAACCAAACAGAUGGACACUGUGAGGGGUUUUUAUUAUUUUCACCAUUUAACUUGGGAAAACCCUUCUUUAAUCUGGAGGUUUAGGUUGAGAAGAAAAAAAAAUUAAUCUUGGCCAGAACUUCUACUGUGAGCCUAUAUAUAUAAAGGAUAUUGAAGAUGGUAGUUCUUUCUCUUUCUCUUCUUCCCACAUAGUGGCUAGCAAGGUCUUUUUAUUUUUCUAGCCUUAAGGCUCCAUCUUUGGAAUUCUGAUAAAUGCUGAAAACCAGCUGAGACAUAUAGGAACUACUGUUUUCUUCAACUCUCCAUUGGUACAGUCAUUGAUUUACUAGUGGGGCCACAUUCUGUGAGCCAUUCUUACCUAUCCACUUUCUGCAUACUUAGAGAGAUCCAUGCUCUGAGUUCUGUUCAUCUGGAAAACCUUUACUAAUACAGGUAUGUUUUUUCACCUUCCCACGUAGGAAGAUGUGCUGGCUAACAACACUGCUCCAUAGUGAUUGGAAUUCAUCCCCUGCUUCUCUCCCAGGGUUAUUUGGAGUCUCAUCUGUAGCAAUUGCAUAUUAGCCGCGGUUUUCCUGAUGUCAGUGUAAAAUGAGAGAAGCAAACAUCACAUUUUAUGUCCUAAAAAUCUCUCUUUAAUUGUAAUUAUCCUUGGAACCUAUGGUUCACUCUGCUCCAGGUUGAAUAAUGUACUGUGCAAGGUGUGGCUCUUGAUUCCUUGGAGGAGGAGGGGGCGGAGCGAGGAGGAGGAGAAUAGGUGGUGGCCUUGGAGGAGCAAGAAGAAGAAAUUCCUGCUGAGUUCUAGAUGACAGAAAGAUAGACUAUUGGAGGACAGGACUGAAAGAAAGUCUUGCAGAUCUGAAAAGGGUCAGCUCCUGGAUAAGAAACCCGAGCUGGGAAGCCCAAUGCAGUGUGCCUACAUAGCACUCUAACCCUAGGUGAGGUGGUCACGUCAAUCAAGAUUCAAUAGCCAAUCAACGCCUCUGGUUAGGCCCGCCAAUAGAAGUAGAGGUGUGUUCUUCAGUGUGCCAUGUUUCUCUUUUCUGUGUCCUCACCUUUGGGAGCAGGCUGAAAGAUUGGUCUGAUGUGUUUUGAUGUCUGCUGACAGGGGCCUUAGUGAAUUGCCAGUGAUCUUCAACGUGGCAACAUGGUGAGCAUGUGACCACUGCCCUUAACCAGAAGGAGCAGGGGUCCAAGCAGCUGGAGUCGGGAUGAUGGGAUGCAGGGCACCAGCCCUGGCCAUUCUUGGUUCCUCUUUGGCCUCCGGAGGGAGAAGAGUUUUUGAGGUGACAAGAUUUGGUCUUCAGGGAUAUUUAGGGUUGCUGUUUAUUAUUAAGACAUUUGCCUGUCUUGAGUCUCAUUCGCUUUGCAGUUGAAGCUGACCUACCGGAGUUCCUCUAAGGCAAGGCUGGAAGCUGUUUUCUCUAGUAUUUAGAGCCUCCUCUUAAAAUGGCAGGGGAUUAAGUGAGUAGCUUUUGUUCUAUCUCCACAGAAACUGGGCUGCUUUAACUUCCAGCUGUUAGUUGAAGUCAUAGGAAGAAAAGUGGGACACUUUUAAACAUGUCUUUAAUCUUUAUUUUCAACUUCUUCUAAAAAGUUUCCUAUGAAAGGUCUCCAAGGAAAGGGAGUGGGUGAUUAAGUAAAGGAGUCAUUGCUAGAGCCUUUCCCUCUUGUCCAGAUGCCUCUUGCUUGCUAAGCUUGGGGGAAGUUUGGAGCAAUAAACUUCUCUUAAACCAGGAGAAGAGAGCCACCCUCACAGUAGGAAAGACUUUUACACAAGCAAAUAUGGAUAAACUCACAUAAAUUCAUAUACAAAUUCAUAUACUUUGAUGUUGAAUUUCCAACUAAAGGGGACUCCUUUGCAGAUAUGUCCUAUCCACUUGCACAGUUACUUCAGCUCAGAGUGCUGAGAAGCUGUGUGUUAGGUUGCAUCUCUCAGCAGCUAACAUUGCACAUAGGGGUGAGAUCUAACUGUAUCUUCUUAUGCUGUUCUCUCUGCCAGGGAAUGGCCUGCUAUUUUUCAAAAUCACUCUCCUUUUCCAAUAACCAGACCUACGCCAAAUGACUUCUCAGCUCUCUCUUCUAUAGAAGAUUCUGAUGCUUGGAAUAUUUUCUCAAAGGCUCAAGAUUAGAUACAUCCUGCUAUCUAUUAUACUUUUAAUAUGUAUGAUACGUUGGGGUAUGCUUAGUGAAUCAAAGUCAGCUGGGCAUCUGAAUUAGACCCUGUCUCAAACACAGGAAAUAAUCAGGAUUAUAUUGGUGAUAGGCUUGCAGACUCCAGUUUUUCUUUCUUUUACAAAUUAAUCUUAAUGUAACAGUUCAAUUCCAAGUUAAAAGUCACCUUCUUUUUUUUUUGGGGGGGGGGACUUGUUCUUUAUUUAUAGUUUUGUGAUUUCCACAUCAGAAAUGGAUUCCAGUGUUCCUGAAUGCAGUGACUUAUAGGGACGUGCAUGUGAACUUCACUCAAGAGGAGUGGGCUCUGCUGGAUCCUUCUCAGAAGAAGCUCUACAAAGAUGUCAUGCUGGAAACCUACAGGAACCUCAAUGCUAUAGGCUUUAAUUGGGAAGCCCAAAAUAUUGAAGAACAUUGUCAAAGUUCUAGAAGACACAGAAGGUGUGAAAGGAGUCAGAGUGCAGAGAAACCCUCUGAAUAUACUCAACGUGAUAAAGCCUUUGCUUUACGUGCUCACAGUCAUGCCCAAAGGCAUGAAAGGAUUCAUACAGAAAAGAUCCCCUCUGAAGAUAUUCACUGUGUCGAAGACGUUUUACCUUACACUAGUCUCCAAGUACAUAAAAGAACACAAACUGGACAGAAACCCUAUGAAUGUAAACAAUGUGGUAAAGGAUUUGCAAAGCCCAGUCAUCUUAAAAGGCACGAAAGAUUUCAUACCGUAGAGCAACCCUUCAUAUGUAAUGAAUGUGAUGAAGUCUUUUCUUUUAAACAUCAUCUCCAAACACAUAUAAGGGUACAUACUGGAGAGAAACCCUUCAAAUGUAAUCUGUGUGAUAAAUCCUUUUCAAAACAUAAUCAUCUUCAAAGUCAUAGAAGAACACAUACUGGAGAGAAACCCUACAAAUGUGAUCAAUGUGAUAAAGCCUUUUCUGAGAAAUGUAAUCUCCAAACACAUAUAAGGAUACAUACUGGAGAGAAACCCUACAAAUGUGAUCAAUGUGAUAAAACCUUUUCUGAGAAAUGUCAUCUCCAAAAACAUAUAAGGAUACAUACUGGAGAGAAACCCUACAAAUGUAAUCAAUGUGAUAAAGCCUUUUCUCAAUACAGUACUCUUCAAACUCAUAGAAGAACACAUACUGGAGAGAAACCCUACAAAUGUAAUCAAUGUGAUAAAGCCUUUUCUCAAUACGGUAAUCUUCAGACUCAUAGAAGAACACAUACUGGAGAGAAACCCUUCAAAUGUAAUCAGUGUGAUAAAGCCUUUUCUCAAUACAGUACUCUUCAAACUCAUAGAAGAACACAUACUGGAGAGAAACCCUACAAAUGUAAUCAGUGUGAUAAAGCCUUUUCUGAGAAAUGUAGUCUCCAAAGACAUAUAAGGAUACAUACUGGAGAGAAACCCUACAAAUGUAAUCAAUGUAAUAAAGCCUUUUCCCAUAACUAUCACCUCCACAUUCAUAGAAGAACACAUACCGGAGAGAAACCCUACAAAUGUAAUCAGUGUGAUAAAGCCUUUUCAAUACACUUUCCCCUCCAAAAUCAUAAAAGAACACAUACUGGAGAGAAGCCUUACAAAUGUAAUCAGUGUGAUAAAGCCUUUUCUGAGAAAUGUCAUCUCCAAAACCAUAUAAGGAUACAUACUGGAGAGAAACCCUACAAAUGUAAUCAGUGUGAUAAAGCCUUUUCUCAAUACUUUUCUCUUCAAACUCAUAGAAGAAUACAUACUGGAGAGAAGCCCUUCAAAUGUAAUCAGUGUGAUAAAGCCUUUUCUCAAUACAGUACUCUUCAAACUCAUAGAAGAACACAUACUGGAGAGAAACCCUUCAAAUGUAAUCAAUGUGAUAAAGCCUUUUCAAAACACAGUACUCUUCAAUCUCAUAGAAGAACACAUAGUGGAGAGAAACCCUUCAAAUGUAGUCAAUGUGAUAAAGCCUUUUCUCAAUACAAUACUCUUCAAGCUCAUAGAAGAACACAUAGUGGAGAGAAACCCUUUAAAUGUGAUCAAUGUGAUAAAGCCUUUUCUGAGAAAUGUAAUCUCCAAAAACAUAUAAGGAUACAUACUGGAGAGAAACCCUACAAAUGUAAUCAAUGUGAUAAAGCCUUUUCUCAAUACAAUACUCUUCAAACUCAUAGAAGAAUACAUACUGGAGAGAAACCCUUCAAAUGUAAUCAAUGUGAUAAAGCUUUUUCACGACACAGUACUCUUCAAACUCAUAGAAGAACACAUACUGGAGAGAAACCCUUCAAAUGUAAUCAAUGUGAUAAAGUCUUUUCUCAAUACAGUAAUCUUCAAACUCAUAGAAGAACACAUACUGGAGAGAAACCCUACAAAUGUGAUCAAUGUGAUAAAGCCUUUUCUAUGAAAUGUAAUCUCCAAAACCAUGUAAGGAUACAUACUGGAGAAAAACCCUACAAAUGUAAUCAAUGUGAUAAAGCCUUUUUCCAAUACAGUAAUCUCCACAUUCAUAGAAAAACACAUACUGGACAAAAACCCUACAAAUGUAAUCAAUGAGAUAAAGGCUUUUCCCAAUACUGUCAUCUUCAAAUUCAUAGAAAAACACAUACCUAAGAGAAACCCUUCAAAUUUAAUGAAUGUGAUAAAGCCUUUUCCCAGCAUUAUAAUCUACAAAUUCAUAAGAAAAGACAUACUAGAGAGAAACCUUACAAGUGUAUUCAGUGUGUGUAAGUCUUUUCAAAACAUUUUCAUCUUCAAAAAAUAAAAGAAUCCACACUGGAGAAAAAAGCUACGAAGGAAUUGGAUUGUGAGCAAAUUUUUUACAAUUUUUUACAAUUUACAUUUCUGAAUGUAUAAGUGAACGUACUGAAGAGAAAGACCAUGGGUGUGAUCAUAGUCUUAAUCGUCAUGAACAUAUUUUAGGGGCCAGAAUCCUUCUGAGUAUAAGGAAUGUGGAAAAAUCUAUGUCAGGCAGUUAUCUCCUAAUGCAGCAAGGAGCACAUACUGCAGAGACAGAGAGAGACAGAGAGAUACAGAGAGAGACAGUAUAAAUAUACACAAUGUGGUAAACCUUUGCGUAUCACAGUUAUCUUUGAAUACAUAAAAGAGCACACAAUAUAUCUCAGAAUUCAUAAAAGAAGACACUGAAGAGAGAAACUGUGUGUGAAUAAUGUGGUAAGGCCUUUGCAGUUGACAUUGACAUUGAUCUCAUCAUGUAUAAAUUAACACAGACUUGUAAGAAAUCUCAUAAAAAUAAAAAUAAGAAAUGUCGUAA